UACAGAGCCCAUUGUCUACGCUGCUCAUGCGUUGUCAAUGAGCCGCGCGGUGCAUUCCGGUCGAUUCUGGGACAAGGAGAGCUCUCCUUCAAGGAGUGAAUGGGAGUCAAUUGGGCUAGCUCUAAACCCCCAACAUUAUCAUUAAUUUCGACAAGUACUACAUUAAAAAUAUUUUCGGAGAUGUGAGAUAAUUAACUUAUCUGUAAUAUCGUAUAGCUUUUGCAUCGUACUUUCGAGGAAAAUAGGCAUACCCCGACUUUGAGAAGGGAUUGCGUGACGAUCAGUUUAGCAACCGCGUGACGCAGCAUGACAACUUAAACGCGAUUGGUCAAAAGUCUGAUGGGUGAGGCUUUAUACAUUCGCAGUUCUUUGCCCAAUGAGAUUCCUAUCUCGUAAUUUAGCUUAUCCCUGGUCUAUUUCAGCUAGCUAGCCACCCAAUCAAUGUCUAUUAUUAUUCCAUUUUAUUAAUAUCGCCAGCCUAUCAUACACGUUGGACUUAGUUUAUUUUUAAAACAAAACCAUGAAUACGAUGAUAAAUCGGGGAAGUUUUCAGACCCAGUUAGCUUCCAUUAUGGAAAUGCUAAGCAAAGCUGCUGUGGUUGAAAUCGGUAAACUUGUCGACGAGUGCUCGGCCGUUCUCCGUUCUGAAAUAUCCCAGCACAUGAAUGAGAACGAGGCAUUAAAGAAGAAAUGUUAUCUGCUAGAGAUUGAAUUAAAGACGGUAAAACUCCACGAGCGUAAAAGGGUCAUUGCCAACCGUUGUCAGAAUGGAGUUCAGGUCUCGGGACAAAUAUUUACGCAUCGAGCAACAGAGAACCGAGACCUUUUUUGGAAGUACAUCCUGGGCGUAACAGCAGUAAAGGGCGAUAGUUGCUGCAGGGCAGGCAUAUUUGAGAAGCAGUCUGCCCCCGCGAUAGAGAGUGUCUUUGGUAAGGACUGGUGCAUGGAUCUAUGGAGAGAUGGGGAGUCAAUCCCUCAGGAUAAAGAGACAACAAUUGGAUCGGCCAUCUUGGGCGAUGAUGGGGUCACUCAGGCAAUAGACUUGGAGGACAAUGAGCCUGACUUGGUGUUUAUCAAAGAAGAGCUGUUUGAGGAUCAGCCAGUGGACCAGCAGAGGGGACAUGCAAGCAACAGAAAAAGGAGCGUAGCUGUGGAGGAUGCUCCAGCAGUAGAGCGAGCAGCUGCCAGUCAACUUCACCUAUACAAGGGGGACUUGAACACAUACCCUGCAGGCAGCCAACAGGUACAGCCUGACACAGAGCAGCCCACAUCCAUUGAGAGCCUCAUGGAAGAUCCCACUCUGGCUGGUCUGGUUGACCACACAGCAGUGCCUGGCCCUGACACAGCCGAUGGGAUGUACAUGGACUAUCCUCCCCGCAACACAUACGCACCAAGAAACCGGCCAAGCCACCAGCAGGGAACUGGAAAAGACCUGAAGCAGCAGUUUGACUGUUUGUUUUGUGGGAAGAGCUUUGGUUAUUUGAGCUACUUGAAAGUCCACAUCAGACGCCACUCUGGAGAGAAACCGUUUGGCUGCACCGUUUGCGGGAAGCGCUUUGCUCAGAAGACGUACCUGAAGCUGCAUCAGCGUACACACUCUGGGGAGAAACCUUACAGUUGUACAGAGUGUGGGAAGAGUUUCUCUCAGAAGAGCUCGUUGAAUGUCCACCUCCGGAGUCACACCGGGGAGAAGCCUUAUAGCUGUGUCGACUGUGGGAAGAGCUACACCUAUAAACACGGUUUUAACACACACCAAUGUUUCAAUUAAUUUGAUUUUUAAUUUACAUUUCAACCUUGUUUUGAAAACUGGCAACUGAAACAUCUUUAUCCGUAUUGUAAUCAUGGUGGUUUUCGGUAGGUCGAUUUAAAAAAAAAAAUGUUAAGUUAACAUUUUUGCGCUACUGUGUGCCCUAAUGAACAUGAUCAAGCUGUUACUCUUCACUACAUGGCAGAGAACUGUUCCAUUCAAGUUUUCACUCUGCUCUGUCUGUAGGAUUGCACACAAACACUGCCUUGUUGUCCCACAAUUGGCAAGACACUAGAUGCCCCACUGUUAGAUGAAUAGACAUUUUUGAAAUAUCUCUAAAGACAUGUACUGUUUGUGUUAAACAGUGGUGGUCCUGAUACCAGUUGUUUGUGCUACUGUGAAGAAUGCCAGUGUAGUAGACCGGUCAUGUAAACAUGUGCCAAAUAAUUAUCUGUACUCACAUUACAUUUGUAUUCCAUAUGUUAUAAAAAUGUAAACAUGGCAAUGAUUAAAUGAUUGAAAUGGUAUACCA